AGUUGGCUGAAAUGUCGAGUUACAGUGUUGAACGAAGUGCCUCGAAGAAGGGCGUGUUUUAAGGAAGAAUUUUUGUAAUAGCAAUUUUAACGGAAGUCGUAACUCCGUGUUACAUGUCUCUGAUUGGUCGGCUUAGUAUUGGGACUUGAAAGGAGUAUUUUCGAUGUAGUAAAGAUUUUGAUAAAUAAAGUGAGAUUACCGGCCAAGAUUCCAGUUUCUCGUUAAUCUUAAGUUUGGCAGCAGCUAUGAACAUUUGCGUUUCACAGUAAACAUGCAGAAAUGUAUCUUGUAGAACGAUCGUCGUAGAACUUGAAGCUGUCUUAUCUUCUCACUGUGUUUCCUAAUGGUAUUUAUUUCGAAUUUUUGGCAGCGAAAUUAUCAUAUUUUCCGAUGGGGCAAAGUAUCCUCAAUGUAGCGGUGGCGCUGGCGUUAGGUUACAUCGCGAGUUUUCUGGUGGAAUUAUCCCCUUUUCCCACUGUCAACGAAGAAGAUGCAGUCACCGUCGAUUUCAUUGUCGUGGGGUCAGGGUCAGCGGGUAGCCCAGUAGCGGCGCGGCUGUCGGAGGUGAAGGAGUGGCAGGUGCUGGUGCUGGAGGCCGGGGGGCAGCCCUCCCCAGAGAGUGCGGUGCCUGGCAUGAGCCUCUUCGCCCUUCCCGAGGGCAGCGCCAUGAGCUACAACUACAGAACCACGCCGCAGAAGCACGCGCAGUUCAGCUACACCAACAACGCAAACCUGUACCCCCGCGGCAAGGCCAUUGGAGGAUCGUCCGCCAUAAAUUACAUGAUGUACAACCGCGGCAACAAGUUCGACUUCGACCGCUGGGCGGCCCUCGGCAACCCGGGUUGGGACUACCAAACUGUACUCAAAUACUUCAAAAAAUCCGAGGACUACGGAGGCCGGCUGACUCAAGAAAACAGACCGUACCACGGCACAGGGGGACCUCUACGGGUGGAGAACAAACGCUGGGGAUCGGCGGUGAUGAACGCCUUUUUGGCCGCUGGACUCGAGCUUGGCCAUCCCACCCUUGACAUCAACGCUGGGUCACAGAUGGGUUUCAAUACCCCUGAUGUGACCGUGAAAAACGGAACACGACACACCGCAGCCGACGCGUUCCUGAGACCCAACCUGCAGCGCCCGAACUUGCGCCUGCAGAGCGGCUCGCAGGUCACUAAGAUCCUAUUUGAUGAAAACUUGCGAGCAACUGGAGUGGAAUACUGGCAAGGCAGGAAGACCAAGCGUGUUUACGCGCGCAAAGAAGUGGUGGUGUGCGCGGGUGCCAUCGACAGCCCCAAGCUGCUCCUGCUCUCCGGCAUCGGCCCCCAGCCACACCUACGCAGUCUCGGCAUCGAAACAAUUGUGGACUUACCGGGAGUUGGACAAAAUUUUCAAGAUCAUCCAUCGGUGAUGGGCAUCUCGUGGAGCGUCGCUGAGGGCAAGGCCAGCUCAUACCAGCGGGUGCUGACGCCUGGGUCCCUGCUGCUCUACAAGCGCCACAGGAAAGGUCCCUUGAGCGCACCGUUUGGAGUUGAAGGGAACGCGUGGAUGCGACUGCAGGAGAGGGGAGACCCAACUGUUCCUGACACGCAAUUCCUGAUCGUGGCACUGCAAGUCGGAAUUGAUUAUGGUUUAUUGAUCUCACCAUCAAUCGGCUUCAAGGACGAGGUAUACCGAGAAUUUUUCGAGCCGUACCAGGGCCGGGAGGGCUUCAAUAUCGGCCCUAUGCUGACCGUGCCCAAGAGUCGCGGCUCAGUCACUCUGCGCUCCAGCGACCCCUUCGACCCGCCGCUCAUAGACCCAAAUUUCUUGAGUCACCCCGACGAUGUGGAGCUUUUCUUGAAAGCCAUCAAGUUCGCGCUGGCGAUUGGCAACACAACAGCGAUGCGUGACGGUAUUGGCGCCACGUUUAACGACAAGCCACUACCAGGCUGCCAGACUCACCCCUGGGGCUCAGACGACUACUGGCGCUGCUUCACCCGCCACAUGGCCUCCACCACCUACCACCCAGCCGGCACCUGCAAGAUGGCACCCCUCACUGACCCCCUCGGUGUCGUCACCUCCACGCUCAAAGUUCGUGGAGUGACGGGACUGCGGGUGAUAGACGCGUCGAUCAUGCCGUUCGUCACGUCGGCGAACACGAACGCCCCGACGAUCAUGAUCGGUGAACGUGGCGCGGAUUUCAUCAAAGAAGAUCAUGGUGUCUCCAUCAAUUAAUAACAUCAAGCCAUGUUGAAAUAUUUAGCUUGCUUGGGUUUAGAAAUAAGAGGUUGUUUAGGGUAUCGAUUUUCUCGCUAAAUUUUAAGCAGUUCAAGUGUUUAUUUUUAUUUUAAACUUCUAUGAAAGUAUUUAUGAAUGAAUACGAAAGUGUUGUGUCUGAUUUCAAGGCGAAAAUUUUGCCUAGUUUCCGAAUGAAAAUACUAUUGGCUGUCGAAAAAAACGUUUUGAAUUAUU